AUGAGUGGAUGUCCGUACUUUGAGAAGAAGCAUUUGUUAUUCAAAAAUAAACCUCCUAAAACUGAAGAAGAUGAGGAUGACUCCCAGGCAGGGGUCAACAAGGCCAGUAGAGGAGGAAUUAUCUAUGGAGACUACCUGCAGCUCGACAAAAUACUCACGUCUCAGGUUCUGCAAAGUGAACUAAAAGCCAAUAAGAUCCAUGAUGAGCACCUCUUCAUUGUCACCCAUCAAGCCUAUGAACUGUGGUUCAAACAGAUUUUGUUUGAACUGGACUCUGUGCGAGAUAUCUUCAUCAGCGGUCAUGUCCGAGAUGAACGUAAUAUGCUCAAAGUCAACACUCGCAUCCACAGGGUUGUGAUGAUCUUCAGACUGUUGGUUGACCAGUUUGCGGUUUUGGAAACAAUGACAGCCUUGGACUUUUUUGACUUUAGGGAAUACCUGUCUCCGGCCUCUGGCUUCCAAAGCCUCCAGUUUCGGCUCUUGGAGAACAAAAUUGGAAUUCCAGACAACUUGAGGGUUCCAUACAACAGACGCCAUUACAGGGAUAACUUUAAAGGUCAUGACAGUGAGAUGCUGAUCUCCACUGAGCAGGAACCAACACUUUUAAAGUUAGUUGAGGAGUGGCUGGAGAGAACUCCUGGAUUGGAGGUGGAUGGCUUCAAUUUCUGGCAAAGGCUGGAAAUCAAUAUAUUUGAUGGGUUAAAUCAGGAGAAGGAGAAAAUUGAGAAAAUGCCUGAUUCUGAAGAGAAAGAGGAACUGAUGGCAGAGAUGGUCAAACAGAGGGAGCUUUUCACAUCUCUGUUUGAUGAAAAGCGCCACGAUCACCUUGUCAGCAAGGGUGAGAGGAGACUCUCUUACAAGGCUCUGCAAGGUGCUCUGAUGAUAUACUUCUACAGGGAAGAGCCAAGGUUCCAGGUUCCCUUCCAGCUGCUCACAUCCCUCAUGGAUAUCGACACCCUCAUGACGAAAUGGAGAUACAAUCACGUGUGCAUGGUUCACCGGAUGAUUGGCAGCAAAGCUGGCACAGGGGGGUCGUCUGGCUACCACUAUCUUAGAUCAACUGUCAGUGACCGAUACAAAGUUUUCGUGGAUCUUUUCAACCUGGCAACAUUCCUGGUGCCUCGCCACUGGGUACCCAAGCUGAAUCCCAACAUUCACACUUUUUUGUACACGGCUGAGUGCUGCGACAGCUCCUACUGCAGCAGUGACGACUCGGAUUAGAGUGCAUCUCACUCGUCUGUCCAGGCUUUUUCACUUAAACAGAUCUCCCAGCAGCGGAUUAUUUACAGUUCAAUGAGAGGUGAAAAUCAGGUCAAAGAAAUACAUUUUGUUGAUGUUUAUGAGAAACAAUGCAUGGCAUCUUGUCAGUGUACCUUUAAAGAACUCAUACACUGAAAUAUGAAGUGUAUGUGUUUUCAUGAAUGGAGGCAGUUCAACAUAUGGCCAGUUUUAUCAAACACUAUAUAUUAUUAAGAAGGAUUUAAAAUCUAGGUGAGAUGAAAUCUAGGUGAGAUGAAAUCUAGGUGAGAUGAAAUUCGAGGUCAUGUGGUAUUUUAAUUUGACAUUAGGUGAACUGGAUGUUGGAGUGAAGAAUAACGCAGACGGGUUGAUUUGAAGGCGUGAUGUCUUUACAUGGCAUCACACAUAAAUGCACAAAAACAGUAAACGUAACAAAGUAACUACGUUUGUACAUAUUAAUGUUUAGCAAACAAGAGAAAAUCAAGAUAAA